AUUGCAAAACUCAAGCAAAAGCAUGCAGUGAGAAUCUUGAAAGUUGAAACUCCAUUUUCUCUUUAUCUUUGGGUUGGUUUUCUGUAAAGGCUCUUCUGUGUGCACGACGACAAAUAUAGUACGAGGAUUCUUCCUUUGUUGUGAAGGAAGCAGCAUGAGACGAAGUUCAAACUUGAGGAGGAAAACUUUUGAUGAUCAUGGCUUCGUAGACAUUAUAUUUUCUUGGUCUCUUGAAGACAUUUUCAAUGAAGAUCUUUACAAGGACAUGGUGAAACCUAUUGAUCUAUCGUUCAAUUCUGUUCAGCAUUAUUUUGGGUCCUACGUGUACCCCUUGUUGGAAGAAACUCGAGCACAGUUAUGCUCAAGCAUGGAAAUCCUAACCAGUGCCCCUUUUGCUGAAGUAAUUUCUCUUGAGGAGGCCAACUCUCGUGGUGAUGCACUCUACAAUGUUAGAACUGACGGUUGGAAAAACAGGUUCUCUGGUCAUGGAAAAGAGCUGUAUAAAACAUUGUCUGGAGAUGUUUUUAUUUUGGCUGAUUUUAAACCUGAAACUGUCAAUGAUUUACAAAGGGAGGGAAGGACAUGGACUCUUGUAGUAUCAGCUGGGGUUGCUGAGGAGGAGAGUGAGAAUGAUGACCCUAAUAUCAUGUCCACUUUUAAAGUUGCUGCACCUAAAGAAAUUGACAUCAAUGAAGAAGGGCAAAAGUCUUUGUUUAUAGUAUUUUUGACUAAUAUUAUCCCUGAUAGAAGAAUAUGGAGUGCACUGCACAUGUCAAGAAAUUCAAAGCUAAUCAAGAAAAUUUUAUGCGCUGGUGGUUUGGUUGAGGAAAGUUGUGAUUACUGCUCUCUACAGACAGAUGCUGUAAAGGGUGACAAAACGUAUCAAAGGUUAUCAUCAGAGUUGAAUGAGUCUCAAUAUGAGGCAAUUUGGGCGUGCCUAUCUUCCUCCCAGUGCCAUCAUAAGUCUACUGUAGAUCGCAUUUGGGGUCCACCAGGAACUGGAAAAACCAAAACUCUGGGCACAUUGCUUUUUGCUCUUAUGAAGAUGAACCUUAGGACUCUUGUCUGUGCCCCCACAAAUGUUGCCAUUAAAGAAGUGGCAUCUCGUGUCUUGAGCAUGGCGAGAGAAUCAUUUGAUAGAAACUCUGAUGCUUUGUUCUGUGCAUUAGGAGACAUGGUAUUAUUUGGGAAUCAUGAGCGGCUCAAAGUUGGUGCAGAUAUUGAAGACAUAUAUUUGGAUCAUCGUGUCAAGCAGCUCAUAAUAUGCUUUGCACCACGUACUGGUUGGAGAUGUUGUUUUACUUCAAUGAUUGAUUUUCUUGAAAAUUGUGUUUCCCAUUAUCAUAUAUUCAUUGAAAAUGAAUUGAGAAAGAAGCAAGAACAGGUUGAUGAUAAUAAUAUAUGCAAGGCAAAAGACGAUAACACUUCAGAUUGUAGCAAGAGGAUGCACAAAUCUUUUCUUGAGUUUGUGAGAGAAAGAUUUCUUUCUAUAGCAAUGCCACUCAAAGACUGUAUUUCUAUCUUGUGUACUCAUAUUGCUAGAAGUUACAUUUUGGACCAUAACUUUGAAGAUUUGGUUUGCCUUAUUCACAAAGUUGCUUCCUUUGAAGCAUUGCUGUUACAAACUAAUAUUGUUUCUGAAGUAUUGGAAAAGCUUUUUUCUCCUCCAGAAGAGCUAGAUAGUUUCAUCGAGUCAUCUGUGGGUGUUGAGUACUUGUUGUACAAGAGCAGAACUGAAUGCUUGUCUUUUUUAAGAACCGCUAAAAGUUCACUUGAUGAUCUCAAGCUUCCAAAUACUAUGAAUGAAGAAUCAAUUAGAGAGUUUUGUUUACGAUCAUCAUCAUUAAUAUUUUCUACAGCAUCUAGUUCCUUUAAGCUGCAUUCUGUUGUCAUGGAGCCAUUGAAGGUUUUGGUGAUUGAUGAAGCUGCACAGUUGAAGGAAUGUGAAUCAAUCAUACCCCUGCUACUUCCAAUCAUAGACCAUGUCGUUCUUGUUGGAGAUGAAUGCCAGCUACCAGCAAUGGUUGCAAGUAAUGUGGCUUCUGAAGUUGGUUUUGGAAGAAGCCUAUUUGCGAGGCUGAGCUCUCUGGGUCAUCCAAAUCAUUUUCUCAACAUACAGUACAGGAUGCAUCCAGCAAUAAGUUCAUUUCCAAAUUCACACUUCUAUUUAAACCAAAUUCUUGAUGCUCCAAAUGUUGUGAGAAAGAACUAUAGAAAGCAAUAUCUCCCAGGGCCAAUGUUUGGACCAUAUUCCUUUAUAAAUGUAGUUGGUGGCAGUGAAGAGUUUGAUGAUGCUGGACGAAGUCGGAAAAAUGUGGUUGAAGUAGCAGUUGUGAUGAAAAUAAUUAAAAAUUGUUUUAAAGCAUGGCGUGACUCCAAGGAGAACCUCAGUAUAGGUGUAGUGUCUCCCUAUGCUGCCCAAGUUGUAGCAAUACAGGAUUUACUUGGAAAGCAGUAUGAUAGUUACCAUGGAUUUGAUGUAAAGGUAAAAACCAUUGAUGGUUUCCAGGGUGGAGAGCGGGAUGUUAUUAUAUUAUCAACUGUCCGAACCAAUUGCAGUACUACUUCACUUCAAUUUAUCUCCAAUCACCAGAGGACUAAUGUUGCUCUCACAAGAGCUAGGUACUGUUUGUGGAUUUUGGGAAAUGAAAGGACCUUGUCAAAGGAGGAAAAUGUUUGGAAAUCUUUGGUUCAUGAUGCUAAAAAGCGUCUAUGUUUCUUCAAUGCUGAUGAAGACAAGGAUUUGGCAAAAAGCAUCUGGGACACCAAGAAAGAGUUGGAUCAAUUAGAUGAUUUACUUAAUGCAGAUAGUUUUCUUUUCAAAAACUCCAGGUGGAAGGUUCUUUUCAGUGAUAUCUUCCUUAGAUCAUUUAAGAAACUGCGAUCAGAGCAGACUAAAAAGUCAGUUGUUAGCCUUUUGCUCAAACUCUCCAGUGGGUGGAGACCUAAAAGGAUGAAAGUGGACUUACAUUGUGGAAAUGGAACAUCACGGAUAUUGAAGCAAUUCAAAGUUGGAGGUCUCUUUGUUAUUUGUUCAACAGAUAUAGUAAAAGAAUCAAGGUAUACUCAAGUUUUGAAGAUAUGGGAUGUACUGCCUCUAGAGGAUAUUCCAAAAUUAGUGAAGCGUCUGGAUAGUAUAUUUGGAAGCUACAGUGAUGAAUUUAUAAGUCGCUGCUGUGAGAAAUGCACAGAGGGGAAUUUGGAGGUCCCAGUAAGUUGGGAAAAAACAAUUGAGAUCAUUAAAUUUAAGAAUCUUUAUAAUGAUGGAAAUGAUGCUGAAUUAAGUGGUUGUGAUCAAAGAAUUUAUGUGGAGAACUCAAAGGUUGAGGAGAGCUUGUUAUUGAUGAAAUUCUACUCCUUAUCAUCAGUUGUAGUUGGCCACUUGCUAUCUGAUCGUAACAGUGAUGAAUUGGAUCUUCCAUUUGAAGUGUCAGAUGAAGAAUAUGAAAUAAUCCUCUUUCCUAAAAGUACAUUUGUAUUGGGUCGCUCUGGUACUGGAAAAACCACUGUUUUGACUAUGAAGUUAUUUCAAAAGGAGAGCAAGCAUCAUAUGGCUGUUGAAGAAACAUAUGGAAUUAACACUGCUUCAGUUCCUUGUUUGAAUCGUGAUAAAGAGUAUAAAGAGAGUUCUUCUGUGAAUGAUAGGCCUGUCUUGCACCAGUUAUUUGUUACAGUGAGUCCUAAAUUAUGUCAAGCAGUAAAACAUCACGUUGUGCGAUUGAAAAGAUUUAUAUGUGGUGCGAAUAUUUCUGUCGACAGCAGUUCAAUUGAGGAAGAUAUUGUUGAUGUUGAUACAUCAAUACAAUUUAAGAAUAUGCCAGACUCUUUCAUGAAUCUUCCUAUUAACUCAUAUCCCCUUGUGAUAACAUUUCAGAAGUUUCUAAUGAUGCUUGAUGGGACUAUAGGGGUUUCCUAUUUUGAGAGAUUUAGUGACUUAUCUUCUGAUGGUCAGAAUCUUGGUGUAAGAUCUGUUGCUUUGGAAACAUUCAUUAGGAAGAAAGAGGUGACUUAUGACAGGUUUGAUUUGUUAUAUUGGCCCCAUUUUAACUCCCAGUAUACAAAGAAACUUGAUUCCUCCAGAGUGUUUACUGAAAUCAUAUCCCAUAUAAAAGGAGGUAUGCAAGCUGUGGAGUCUAUUGAAGGUAAGCUAAGCCGCGAGGAAUAUCUUUCACUGUCUGAAAACCGUGCAUCAAGUUUAAUCAAGCAGAAAAGAGAUAUCAUAUAUGAUAUUUAUCAAAGUUAUGAGAAAAUGAAGAUGGAUAGAGGGGAUUUUGAUUUGGCUGAUAUUGUAAUUGACCUUCAUCGUCGGCUCAAAAUAAACAGAUAUGAGGGUGAUGAGAUGCACUUCGUGUAUAUUGAUGAGGUGCAAGAUUUAACCAUGAAUCAAAUUGCUUUAUUCAAAUAUGUUUGCAAGAAUGUAGAUGAAGGUUUUGUUUUCUGUGGAGAUACAGCACAAACUAUUGCAAGGGGAAUUGAUUUUAGGUUCCAAGAUAUAAAAUCUCUCUUUUACAGGAAAUUUGUGCUAGAAUCAAAGGGAAGCACAUAUAAUCAAGGAAAAGUGAAAGGGAAAACUUCAGAUAUUUUUUUAUUGAAUCAGAACUUUCGCACUCAUGCAGGAGUGCUCAAACUAUCCCAGAGCACCAUUGAACUUCUUUUUCGUUUUUUCCCUCAUUCUAUUGAUGUUUUGAAACCUGAGACCAGUUUGAUAUAUGGGGAAGGUCCAGUGGUUCUUGAAUGUGGAAGUAGAAAAAAUGCAAUUGUAACUAUUUUUGGCAAUAGUGGACAUGUGGGUGGGAAAAUUGUUGGAUUUGGUGCAGAGCAAGUAAUUUUGGUACGAGAUGAUUCUGCCCGUAAGGAAAUUUUAGACUAUGUGGGGAAACAUGCUCUUGUUUUAACCAUUUUAGAAUGCAAAGGGCUUGAGUUUCAGGAUGUGUUGCUAUUCAACUUUUUUAGCUCUUCACCUUUGAAGAAUCGAUGGAGAGUGAUAUAUGAGUAUAUGAAGGAACAAGAUAUGCUGGAACCUACUGAAAUUAAGUCGUGUCCAAGUUUCACUGAUUCCAAACACAAUCUCUUGUGCUCUGAACUUAAGCAGCUAUAUGUGGCUAUAACUCGUACAAGACAGAGAUUGUGGAUAUGUGAGAAUAUAGAGGAGUACUCUAGACCCAUGUUUGAUUAUUGGAGAAAAAAGGGUCUGGUACAAUUUAAAGAACUGGAUGGUUCACUUGCUCAGGCAAUGAAAGUUGCUAGUAGUCCAGAAGAAUGGAGGUCACGUGGCAAGAAGCUAUAUUAUCAAAAUAACUAUGAGAUGGCAACAAUGUGUUUUGAAAGAGCAGGGGAUUCUUACUGGGAGAGAAAGUCUAAGGCUGCUGGUCUUAGGGAAAAUGCAAACCGUUUGCGUGAUUUGAAUUCUGAGGAUGCAAAUGCAAUGCUUAGGGAAGCUGCUGAAAUUUUUGAAGGCAUAGGAAUGGCUGAAUCUGCUGCUCAGUGUUUUUCUGAUUUAGGGGAUUUUGAAAGAGCUGGGAAGCUCUAUUUGGAGAAAUGUCAAGAGCCUGAUUUGAAAAGAGCUGGGGAUUGUUUUUACUUGGCGGGUUGUUAUGAAGUUGCAGCUCGAGUGUAUGCAAGAGGCAGUUUCUUCACCGAUUGUUUGAAUGUUUGUGCAAAAGGAGGGUUGUUUGACAUUGGCUUGUAUUACAUUCAACAUUGGAAACAGAAUGAAAAUGCUGACAAUUGUAUAGUAAAAUGUCAUGAACUACACACAAUAGAACAAAAAUUUCUGGAAAGUUGUGCUCGUAAUUACUUUGACCGUAAAGAUACCAGAACCAUGAUGAAAUUUGUUAAAGCUUUUCAUUCAAUGGAUUUGAAGCGCCAGUUCUUACAAUCCUUAAAUUUACUUGAUGAGCUUCUUGUGUUAGAAGAAGAGUCAGGGAACUUUGUGGAGGCCGUAAACAUUGCUAACAUGAUGGGUGAUGUUCUACAUGAGGUUGAUCUACUUGGUAAAGCUGGUAAAUUCAUGGAAGCUUGUGAACUUAUGCUGUUGUAUGUACUCGGGAAUUCUCUUUGGUCCGCUGAAAGUGAAGGAUGGCCCUUAAAGCAGUUUAAACAUAAAGAUGGGCUUUUGAAUAGAGCAUUAUCAUUUGCAAAGGAAGAGUUGAGCAUCUUUAAUGUGAUUGCAUCUACUGAAGCUGAGAUAUUAUCAAAUGAGCAUAAGAGCAUUUUUGAGACGGUCAAUCAUUUGAUAUCUUCUCGCACAUAUGGGAGUAUCAAAGGUGAAAUAUUAUGUUUGUGGAAGCUUUUGGAUGCUCAUAUUCAUCUGAACUCCUCCAAGUUUGUCUGGCUAGACAAUUUAAUUGAUGAUUCUGUGGAAGAAAUGAUAUUGAAGAAUCAAUUUUCUGUUGAUACAUUGUUUCAUUGUUGGACAUGUUGGAAAGAUAACAUUGUUCGAAUAUUAGAAUCUCUUCCAAAUCUCAAAUCUCAAGAUAUUCACCAUAAUAGCAGUUAUGGAAUGUUUGCGUUGAAUUAUUUGGGUGUUCGGAAGCAAACUUCUAAUUUUAAUGACAUUUACAUCUUGCUCAUCCCUGAAGCUACUUGGGUGAAAAAACUGGGUGAUAGAUUUCUAAAGAAGAAAGGAAGGCUAGUUUCAGUUGAUGUUCAUGAUUUAGUUUCUGCUGCUCAGAGCUAUUGGUCUUUACAGUUUCUUUCUGUUGGCAUGAAGGUCUUGCACAUCCUUGACUCACUCUACAAGUUUUCCGUUAAUAAAGCUCUUUCAGAAUUUUGUCAAUUCAGGUCUUUGUUGCUGAUCUAUGAGGUUUCCAAAUUUCUCCUAGAAUCCAAAUUUUUUAACUUCAGCCAUGAUAACUUGAUAACAUUGGGGAAAUUUUACAGAAGUCCAAUUGAGUGUUCAUUGCGCUAUUUAGUUCCUCUAGACUGGAGGAAAUCACUAUUAAAAGACAUGGUUUCUCUUAGAACAACAAAAACUUGUAAGGAUUUGGUUCAGGAUGUGAUCUAUGAAAGCAUUAAUCGGAAAGAUAAGCAUAGGCUGAGUUAUGGUCAAAUUGGACGCAUGGUAGUCAUGAUUCUUGGUACAGCUAAUCUAAAAGGUGAACUGUUCAUGAACAUUUUGUCAAGAUUUAAAGAUAAUCCAGCUUGGAAAGAGUUCAUUAGUGGCUUGCAAUUAAAUUCAGCUAAGGGAAAUUCACCAGGCAAUGAAGCUUUUUACGAGAAGCAGUGCAUGCAUGAUGUUUUCAACCUAUAUGAAGCUUUGCGGUACACUUACAGUGUGAAUUGGGCAAGAGAAGUUGACUAUAUAUCUCCCAAUUGUUUUAUGUACCUCCUUGACCGCCUUUUGCUCUCAACAUCGUGCUGGAAGGGGAUCAUUUUUGCUACAAAAUCAUCUUUUGUUGAAUGGCUCAUUCAUCAGGAUGAAAAUUCCCCUGCAAAUUUGAGUUCAUUGGCUAAGCUGCAACCAUGUUUUGAAAAUGUCCAUAAUUUUAUUUUUGCUGUCAUUCGUGAUCUUCUUUAUGAUCAAAAUGGUACCAUAAAUUGGAUAAGAAGAUCAUACCCAGUCGAGGAAGAUUAUUUCCCGUUGUUUCUUCUGAGAUUGGUUGUUUCAUUAUGUUUGCUUCAUCUGAGCUCUGGAAAAUGUUUAGAGUUGCUUCGCAAUUUGUUGAAGAAGAACUAUUUGAUGUCUCGUCUGCCUCCAGAAUUUUGUAAUGUUCUUAAGAGAGGAAGGAAUCAGCUUGGUUUGAAAGUCUUUGCUGAAGCAUUUAAAUCGAUUGACAAUCCACUGGUUGUCGCCAGGUUCUGUAACACUUCUCCAGAAAUGUUGUGUCCAGAUGCUGUGUUUGUGGAUUUAACAAUGUGCCAAAGAAAUCUUAUAUUUGAAGUAUUGUUUCCAAAUAGAGUUGACCGUGUGGAUGAGGAAACUGCAGCGGUUGUAGAAGCUUCUGACUCACCGUCUAAAGAGUUUCCUUCAAAAAACUGUUCCAGUUCUCCAAAUAAAAGCUGUGUUCCUGUUCCAGAUCAGACAUCAGAUAGUGGGAUUACAUAUGAUGUUAACAUGUCUAUUAAUGGUGACUCUUUCUGGGCUAUGUUGGAAAAUUUACGGCUGGCAAUUGAUGAAUUGGGUGUUGAUGAUAAGUUAUUACCUAAUUUCACAAUGAUAAUGGAUACUUUGAAUACUGGGUAUGAGCGUUUAACUUGUUCUAUACGUGGAAGCUUGUCACAAAACCCUGUUAACAUUAUUGAAAACAAAAAUGAUAUGGAGGGAUUGAUGAGCUUGCUUGAUGAAAUGAAGCAACUUUCUUCCGCAUUGACUGCCAGGUUCAAAAUUGGUGAUGCAGUGAAUGAGAACCACAUUCUAAUUGAGGAACUCUGUAGGAGAAUUCUUUCAAGACGAACAAAAGUAGGACCUAUCUUGAAUCAACUGUUUCUGCAGUCAAUGAUGAAUAGCAAUGUUGAUUGUGAGCCAUCACAAGCCAAAGCUGCUGCGGCCAAUGAUGAACCUGAACAAAAUGAUUUGGAAGAAUCAAAAGAUAAGGUGUCCAAGAAUUCGACAGGUUCCAUCAACAUAGGACAUGGAGACACCAAGGAAAAUAAUGCCAAGGGGAAGAAAAGCAAAAACAAGAAAGGCAAGGGAAAGAGAAAGGGUAAGAAGUGAAGAUGUACUUAUGAAAAUCUUGGUCAGAUUUUUAAUAUAUAUCAUGCAGAUAUGUAGGAAUAUUUGUGUUCAACCUUCAAACUGAUUCUGGUUGAUCUGUCCUUAUUUUUUGCUUUCUUUGCUGUGGACCUUUUUUGGUCUUUUGACCAUAAAUGAAGAACUGUCUGGUUGAAUC